UAUAAAUACAACUUACAGUACAUUAUUACCUUUAAUCAAUCACGAUGGUACUUACAAGGAGAUUGUUUGUUCAUACGUUACUCGUAGUAUUGUAUUUAAAUUUUGUAAUUGCUGAAUUUAAUACAAAAAAUGAUGAAAAAGUUAUUCUAGUUGCGCCUGUACUGGCCGCUAAUAAAAAUCCACGCGCGAGAGUCGUAGAAACCGCAAAGGAAUUUCCUGUAAUACGAUUAUUGUCAACGGGCAACGCGAUAAAUACAAAUGAAUCCGACCACAAAGAAAAUCCGCUACCUGUUUAUGUUGAAAAACUUGAAGAUCAAGACAACGAACGCAAACGAUCUGCUGGUUACAUACCUAUAAGGCAAUUAAAUUAAUAAUAAUGUCGUCCUCGAAUAAUAUAAAAAAGUUAAUAUAUUUAUAUAUUAUAAUUA